AUGAAGUUGUCGUACAGUUUGGGUCAAGUGUUGGGUUCGGUGUACAGCGGCGGGAGUCUAGCCUUUCUGCCCGACGGCAACGGCCUCGUGAGUCCGGUCGGCAAUAAGUUAGUCAUCUAUCACCUCAACAACGGUCGCAGUGAGGCCUUAGACCUCGAGGUCGACUACAAUGUGGCCAAUGUGUGUCUCUCGCCCAACGGAUCCCUGCUAUUGAUGUCCACACAAAGCACUCAAAUCUAUUUGGUAUCGCUAUUGAGUGGAACUGUUUUGCAGCGCAAAGACUUCAAACAAAUGGGCGAAACGAUUAACGACUUGCAAUUCAGUCCCGACGGCAGGUAUUAUGCGGUUUGCGGUUCACAUCAGGUGGUCGUCUAUCUGACGCCCGGAGUGGCCAUCAAAGGCUAUGGACGACAGCUCUCGGCAUUCAAGACACACAAAAUAAUCAAAUCGUCUUUCGAUGAGACCUGUUGUCUGUCGUGGAGUUUGGACUCAAAACUAUUGAUCGUCGGCAGCAAAGACUUUAUCAUAAGAAUCUUCGCCAUCGACCGCAGCAUCGAAAACAUGGGCCAAUCGGUGACUCUCUCGGGACACACCGACCAAAUAGUGUCCACUUUCUUCUCCAAUAGCUCUCCAAAUGAAUUGAGUAUUUAUAGCGUCAGUAGAAACGGACAGCUAUUCAUCUGGGAAUCCAAUUAUACAAGUUUUGAACACUUCUCCAAACCAUCCGAAGACAAAAUGAUGUUAAGAUAUACGAAACAAAAGAACAAAAUGAUGUUAAGAUAUACGAAGCAAAAGAGUCAUUACUUUAACACCGAUUUACAGAAGACAUAUUCAACGCUGCGUUUGACUGCUUCCCAAUACAAUCCCAAACUUAAACUACUUGUCGUCGGCUUUAGUAACGGCUCUUUCAUGUUGUAUGAGAUGCCGGCCAUAACUCUCAUUCAUUCGCUUCAACUAUCAAAUAACGGAUCAAUUAGUAGUAUUUGUGUGAACCCUUCGGGCGAAUGGAUAGCCAUUGGUUCGGCGAUCGGUUCGGGCAAUAAACACGACAUCGAGAAUGAGUUGAAUUCUGAAUCCCAGUUAAUAGUGUGGGAGUGGGAGAGCGAGUCAUUCAUAUUGAAACAGAGCGGCUAUUCCACGGGCGUAACCAAUCUGUGCCAAAGUAUCGCAUACUCUCCCGACGCCACUGUUGUGGCCAGUGGUGGCACUGACGGCAAGGUUAAGAUCUGGAACGCGUUCAGUGGCUUCUGUAUCAGCACAUUCUCUGAACAUAAGGGUCCGGUCACGUGCUUAGAGUUUGUUCCGGCAAAGAAUGGCAAAGUGUUGAUCUCUGCCUCAUUGGACGGAACCGUUAAAGCGUUUGAUUUGAACCGAUACCGCAAUUUCCGAACCCUAACGUCGCCCACCGAUGGCUCAAAAGCAGCUCAAUUCAUGAGUCUAGCCGUCGAUCAAUUGGGCGGUGAUUUUAUUGCCUGCGGUUCGCAGAAUAUGUUUGAGAUAUUCUUGUGGUCACUGCAAACGGGAAGAAUGCUUGAGACACUCUCUGGACAUGAGGCUCCGGUGUCUGGUCUAAAGUUUUCUCCGACUUCAAACAUUCUGGUUUCGUGUUCUUGGGAUCAAACCGUUCGCAUAUGGAGUUUGUUUGAAGGAUCCAAAUGUACGCGAGAAGUGGUUCGGUUGGGAAGCGAUGCUCUGGCCGUUGCCUUUAGGGGCGACGGACAACAGUUCGCCGUUUCCACUCUCAACGGAGACAUUUGUUUCUAUGAUUCGCAAUCCGGGGAACAAAUGGGGGUCGGAAUUGAAGGGAAGAAUGAUUUGGGAACUUCUCAUUACGAACGAGAAGUGGUCGCCGAUAAGAACAAGUAUUUUGCAACACUUCAGUACUCAAUGGACGGAACCUUUAUUAUGGGCGCCGGAAAGUCGAAACACAUUUGCAUUUAUCACGUAAUGGAGAAAUUAUUGGUGAAAAAGUUUACGAUUACAUGGAAUUUAUCGAUGGAUGGACUCUACGAUUAUAUCAGUUCCAGAAAAUUGUCAGAAUUUGGAUUCAACUUAUCGUUAAUCAAGAGUAGAGACCAGGAGUCGAGUUAUGCGCCCAUUUCUUUGCCCGGCGUUUCUAAAAGCGAUUUCAGUGACCGCUCUGUAAAUCCCAUAAUAGCUGUGUUUGAUAUCAAGUUUUCGCCAACAAUGAGAACAUUUGCCUUCGCAUCGACUGAAGGAAUAAUGAUCUAUACGUUAGACAAUUGCAAUUCUUUCGAUCCCUUCCAACUCGAAACACACAUAACACCCAAUUCUUGUCGACAAUUACUCAAUACCAACCAAUUCUGUGAGUCAUUAAUGCAAGCUUUGAAACUCAAUGAUCAGAAUUUAAUCGAAGAAGUGGUCGAAAGAGUUCCCAUCGAAGAAAUACCAUUCAUUUGUACAACACUUCCAAAUAAUUAUGUCGAAAAGUUUCUACAUUCGAUUGCAUUAAGUCUGGAGUCGACAAAACACAUUGAAUUCUAUCUGAAAUGGUGUCAAAGGCUGUUGUCUCAUAACGGAACCGCUCUUAAGGCCAACAACAGUGUCGAAGCUAUGGCUCCAACUUUACGUCUCCUUCAACACAAUCUGAGCCGACAUUUCGACAAUUUGUCCAAAAUUUGUGAACACAAUAAGUAUAGCUUACGUCUGAUUCAAGUCUUAUCCUUACAUAACAUGACAAUUGAAGACAUGGAGAAUAAUGAGGACAACGAAAGGCAAUUGGAUGAAGAUUUGGAUGCAAUUAAUGAUUAA